AUGAACACUAUCACUACUAAUGAUCAAUGCGGCCUCGAUCUUUGUAAACGUAAAGAAGUUGUUAUUAUAGGCAACGGACCAUCUGCUAUAAUUCUAUCUUAUAUUCUUUCUGGUCAUAUACCUUAUUGGAAUGGAUGUCCUGUAUCAAAUGAUUAUUUAAAUAUCAAAUUAGAACAAUAUGUUAAAGAUACAUCAUUACUUGAACAGGAUUUAGAAUUUUUAUCUGAUGGACUUGAAGGUCGUUCAAGAAAUCCUGUUUCAUUACUUAUCGAUAAUUUAUUACAUCCAGAUGCUGAUCUUGGUGCACAUUUACAAUCAAAAAUAAAAUGGCGUCAUGAUCCAUCAUUAAGUAUAGAUCAUAUUUGUAUUGGACGUGGUGGAGUUGGUGGUGUUUGGAAUAAAACAACAUCAAAACAAUUACAAACAAUUAGUAUGGCCGAUUGGAUGGAAUUACCAAAUUAUCCAAUGUCUACAUUUCGACAACAACGGCGAGCAGCUCGAUGUAAUUCAUUAACAAAUAAUCAAGAAACAACAACAACAACAACAACAACAAAUAAUGAAAAUCAAUUUGGACGAGCAACAUAUGAUGAAGUUCAUUCAUAUUAUAUUCAUUAUGUUAAAAGAAAUCGUUUAACAAAUUAUUUUCGUAAUGGUUAUGAAAUAACAUCUAUUGAACGUGUUUGUAUUGAUGCACCAUAUUAUGAUGAUGUAAAUGAAGAAAUUCGUACACCUCAACCAUUAUGGGAAAUACGUGGUUAUAAUGAACAAGAUAAAACUCCAUUUGUAUUACAUGCUAAAUAUGUUGUAUUAGCAACAGGUACGCCACAAAAAAUAACAAGACCAUUAGGAAUUAUUGGUGAAUCAGCAAGUCAAUCAUUUACUUAUACAAAUUUACAUGAUAUUGAAGACCUUAUAAAUAAAAAACGAUUAACUAAUAAUAGUAAACCUUUACUUGUUGUUGGAUGUGGUCUAACAGCUGUAGAUAUACUUCUUUUAUGUCAACAAUAUUUAAUACCUGUUUUACAUGUAUUUCGUCGUGCUAUUGAUGAUCAUGAACUUGUAUUGAAUCAAUUACCUGCUAAUAUUUUUCCUGAAUAUGAACGUAUAAGAGAAUUAAUUCGACAAUCAACAUCUACAACAACAUCUAUGUCUUCUUCCGUUUCUUCCUCGUCAUCAUCUCAAUGGUCUUAUCAAUGUUAUCCACAAAGUGAAAUUAUAUCAAUUACCGAAGAUGGUACAGUACAUAUUCGUAAUCUUCGUACACACAUAACAACAGACUGUGAUAUAUCAUUCGUGGCUAAACUUACUGGAGCUGAUGUGACUAUACCUUUUCUUUCAUCGUCAAACACAAAAAAAUAUAAUGGCCUUCAAAUUAAUCCAUAUACUUAUGAAUGUAUCGAUUAUGAAAAUGUUUAUGCAUUAGGUCCAUUAGCUGGAGAUAAACUUGUUCGUUUUUUACAAGGUGGUGCUCUUGCAUGUGCAGCAAGUCUGUUUAAAAAACAUCGACAAGCAUCAUCGAAUAAUAAUAAUAAUAAUAAUAAUAGAAGACUAUCAUUCUCUGUGACUUCUCGAAUUAGAGUUGCUUCAUAG